AUGUACCUAGAGCACUUUUCGUCUGAUACGUGCUCUGUCCCGCUCGGCCUUGUCUCUCGGUAUUCGUUCGGGCCCAAGCCUUGUUGUCUGCGACUCCCGCCCGCCAUCAUGGCCGCGCCGAAGCCAAGGGAUCCCUUGGAUGCGCUGCAGGCCCUCCUCAACGAUGUACUCGUGCAAACCGGUAAAGCGCUGCGCGCAUCGAGAAGGGAUGGCCAGGGAAAUCUUGCGCUACCCCAAGGCCUAUCGCAAUCGAAACUGCCCGUCACCAUCGACGCCUUCCAAAAGGCCCUUGACGAUAUUGAAGGCGACAUUAUAAAAGCCAAGUCUGUUAUGCUACGCGAUCUCAACCAGCUCCAGGCCGACCAGUCUACGGGCCUGCAGCAGCGACUGCAGCCCGUCCUACCCAUCGAGUCUGAAACAAAGCAUCCCAUCUCCAUCGACGUCGAUUCCUCGCCUCCUCCCUCAACCGCAGCCCACACCAAACCUGCCCUCGCGCCGUUUCCCGUGAUGGACGCCGGCAACAUGACCAGCAGCGACGCUGGAGUCACAUUGGAAGACAAUGCUCUCUCGGCAAUCGACUCCACGACUAGCAACGUCGUCAAGACGGAGGGACCUGUCGCAGCGGAAGCACCUAUGAUGGCAGAGUCCAACUUCACCGACAUGCAAUUCUCUCUUGCCCCAGGUGACGGCUCGCAGGGCCAAAACACCACGGGCACUGCUUCUUUCGAUGUGUCGUCUUUUGCACCAGGCGACACGAUGCUUACGCUCGACAAUAUUCUGCCAGGCAAUAGUCAGACCAAAGACGUCAGCGGCAGCAAGAACGACGGCGCGCCGGCGGCAACGGCGGCAGAAGCGAUCAAAGCGGAGCCGCCCAAGGACGGCGGUAACGCGAACGACUCCAACUUUGAAGACUUCUUCACCAACGACGCCAGUCAGGCUGACGGUAUGGACUUUGAUUUUAGCCUGGGCGGCAGCGGCAGCGGAGGCGGCAGCGGAGGUGGUGGCGGUGGCAUGGAUUUCGAUGCUGCUUUUUUCGGUCUUGACAAUAAGGAUGGCACGUCUUGA